AUGAGCAAUGCUGAUAUAAUUGGUUCUACAAAUCUUAUAAUUCUUCUAGAGGAUGAAAUCUUUGCUGAUUUUUUCAACACAUUUCUUUCUCUCCUAGUCUUUGGUCAGACACCAUUUUACACUCUCGAAAAUUCAUAGUGGAGCUUGUGGCCAGAAAUACCCCAUGACUUGAUUGCAAAGUACAAUGGAUUAGUGACCUGGUUGGAAAAAUACCGGUUACCUUUCUUCUGUAAAACCGACUUGUGUUUCCAUUACAUUCUCUGUCAGGAGUUCCUCACUUUCGUUAAGUCCCCAGAAGGAGCCAAGAUGAUGAGAUGGAAAAAGGCAGACCAGUGGCUACUCCAGAAAUGCCUUGGCGGGGUCAGAGGGAUGUGGCGCUUCUGUACCUACCUCAAGGGCAGUGCAGGUGAAGAGCUGGUGGAUUUCUGGAUUCUUGCUGAGAAGAUUCUGAGCAUAAAUGAGAUGGACCUGGAAAUGAGAGACCACUACCUGUCCCUCCUCUUCAUGCUGAAGGCCACCCAUCUGCAGGAAAGCUCAUGGGUGGUGACUCUCUGCUAUAUGAACAUCGAGGCCCUUCUGAACCUUUCUAUCUGGCAUCCCAACCAGUCAACCACCAGGAGGGAAAUCCUGAGCCACAUGCAAAAAGUGGCUCUGUUCAAACUCCAGAGCUAUUGGCUCCCUAACUUUUACACCCACGCUAAGACGAUCAUGACCAAGCAGGAAUCGUGCCAGGCUCUGAUGCAGGAAUACGAGACUCGCCUGUACAGUAUCUGCUAUACCCACGUAGGAGGGCUCCCUCUGAGUAUGAGCAUCAAGAAGGGCCACCACCCCCAGAAGCGGUACUCGAGCAGGAGGGCCAAGAGGAAGAUGUGGCACUUGAUAGACCAUGGCUCUUGGUCUCUGGAAAUGAAUACCAAUCCAGAUACCAACACUUUGCUCCCCCAGGAGCUGUUUCCUCAAGGCAAGUUGGUUAUACAAAUGCCUUCCCUUAAAGAGACCUCUUCAAAGGAGAGAAUCAUUGGUUCCCAGGAAAAGGAUAUUCUUUGUGCCAAGAAGUCCAACGUGCAGAACAAAGCCAAGAGCCACCUCCACAUGGAGGGCCUUAUUGAGACAUCAUUCUCUACCCACCUGAGGACUGUCACCCCCAUCAUCAAUUACUCCCCCCACAUGAUAAUCAAGAAGUCCGUGAAGCAAAACCUCUCCUUCGGGUACACCCACUGGGCCUUGUGUGCUGAUGCCUGUGCAGGGACUCCCUUCUGGGACCACCUGAAGAAGCAAAAUUUGAAAGUGGAGGUCCAACUCCUGGACCUCUGGCAGGACCUGCACCAUUUCCUCAGUGUCCUGAUGAGUAACAGGAAGACUGGGAAAGAUUUUCGUCACAUUCUGGGAAACUGGAUCUGUAAGCUCUACCUGAAUGAGCAGAUUGGUCUACGCCUACCACUAAAAUCCCAAACCAUCAAAGGCCUGAAGGAGCUGCUGCCAUCUGGGGAUGUGAACCUCUGGAUUCCCAGAUCCCAGAAGGAGAUCUGCAAUAUGCUUAGCCGCUGGUAUGCUGAAUUACUGGAGGAAGAGGACUACUGGUUUCUCAUUUUUACAACUCAGAGCAGGCUCACCAGAACCAGGUGGCAUCAAAGAGAAUCUAUAAGCAAAGAAGCGACCAUUCUUCCUUAUAAGAGAUUUGAGGAAUCUCUGGAGUUAAGCCAGGGUUUGGCUAACAUGGAAGAAAUGGAAUCUAUGCAGUGGCAAAAGAUAGCUACUGAGGAUUUGAAGAAAGGCAGGUCUCUCUGGCUAGAAAGGAAGUCUCCAGUGUCUCUGGCAACUAAGGUCAAGAAAAUGUCCUUUGAGGAACUCUGCUGUAAGUAUCCAAAGGUGGCCAUAGAGAAGAUCAGUGAUGACUACAAAAUAUAUUGUGAAAAAUCACCUCAAAGAGCCUCUUGGCAUAAGAAACUUGAAGUGAUUGAGCUCCUACUGUGUCCCUAG